GAUUUCGGGUUUGAAAACAAAUAAUAAUUUCAAAACAAAACAAAACCAUUUUUUUCUAGCAAUUUGGAAACCAAUGAUCUAUAAUGCCUUAAACAGUAAAUAUUUGAUAAAUUAAAUGUAUGUACAAAUGAUAUUACUAAAAUCUGUGAAUUAUUUGAUACAUAAAUGAAGUUCAAGCGAGGAUAUUACGACGUUUUCGUAAAUACAUGUGCAAAUUAUCCUUCAAAUAUCGCUAUAAGGCAUUACAAUAAUGGGCUCUAUAAAAAUUAUACGUAUUCCGAGCUAUACGGCGUUUGCGAAUACAUAUCACAAAACUUACAACAACUCAAUUGCAAUAAAGGAAUUAUUGGAUUAAUAACAGAGAGGAAUAUUAUUGUCCCUUGUAUUAUAGCUGCUGCACACAAAUGUUGUACAACAUUCAUGUUUCUUGAUCCCUCGCAAGACCUGGAACCAAUUAUAUCUGAAAUAAAAUUCAACUUUAUUAUAUCCAUUAAAAAUGCAGAUGAUCUUUCCUCUACAGAAAUAUUUAACAAGAGGCCAGAGAAAACAAUAACAGUUUUCAAUUUAAUUAUACAUAUUUAUAAUUUGCAAGCCAAUAAUCUUAAUAAUUCGCAAUAUGGGCCAGAAUAUUCAUUUAUUGCCAUGACAUCUGGUAGCACAGGGGACCCAAAGCAUAUACAAGUGCCUAUAAAAUGCAUACAGCCUAAUGUGGAUGAUUUGACUAAACUGUUUGAUAUAGAACAACGGGACAUUAUUUACUUCUCCACACCGCUCACAUUUGAUCCAUCAAUGAUAGAAAUCCUUCUUGCAUGUAUGAAUGGAGCUUCACUUAUGAUAGCUCCGGAAAAAACAGACAUAUUAUUCCCUGAAAAUCCAGACAAUUCUAUAACAUUCUGGCAAACAACACCAUCAAAGUUUUUCCAGUUUUCAAAUGCUGAUAUAAGGAACAAAAUUUUGUCCGUACAGUCCACUUUAAAAAUAUUGGCACUGGGUGGUGAGCCUCUGAAUGGAAUAAAGAGGUUGAAAGAAUUGAAACAUGCCAACAGUAAAACAAAGAUCUUUGCUCUUUACGGUGUCACGGAGAUGUCCUGUUGGGCGUGUGUGGCCGAGUUAGAUCUAACCAAAAUACAGAAUGACAAGGAGGUGCCUCUUGGCAAUUCUCUGUCAGAAACUAACAUUGUUGUUGAACCACAAAAGCAAAAUAAAAGCACAGGGAAAAUAAUUUUAAUGAGUAAAACCAGAAAAUGUGUGAUUUUAAAUAAAACCAAAGGAGUAGAUGAAGAAAACUCUUUAAAAUUCAUAGAUACUGGUGAUAUGGGGGAAAUUCGAAAUGGUACCAUUUACUAUAGGGGUCGAAGAGAUGACACCAUUAAACGAUUUGGCCAUAAAGUCAACUUACAACUCAUUGAAUCCACCAUAAUGCAAUGUCCAAGAGUCAAAACUUGUUCAUGUGUGUGGUUGCCAAAACCAUUACUUCUUGUUGUUUAUUUUUCAUCAGAAACCUUGAGUAGCCAAGAGCUAUCUGAUUUUCUUAAAUGCAAACUAGACGAUAAACACUGGCCUGAUAAGAUAAUACGAGUUGACAAUUUACCUACUAAUCCACAUGGCAAAAUAUCAAGACAAAUAUUAGCACAGAUGUUUGAGAAAAUCCUACCGCUACCUCAAUCAGUGAGCUCCCUGAAACUAUUAUUUUUAAAAGAACUAAAAUUCAUUUUGAAUAGAAACUUUACAUAUGAAGAAAUAAAGGACAAAGAUUAUUUCUCCCUGGGUGGAACUUCAUUUCUCGCUAUAUCUAUGUGCAAUAAAUUAUGUUUAACAUGUCCACAAUUUGGUAAAUUAAUUUUGCCCCAUCUUCUUUCACGAAAAAGUACAAUUGAAGAUAUAAUGCAACUAGCUGUAAAAGAAUUAGGCAUGGAAAUUAAACCAAAAAAGAGAUUAAAAAGGCCUCGAUCAAAUACGGAAAGCUUUUUAUCGACAACUCAAUCUAUUAAGAAGGCAACAGAGGUUCCAAGCAGCUCUAACCCAAUAGAUUUUGUGGUUGCGUGGUCUUAUGACACUGGGAAAUGUGUAGAUGCGUCGCCAUCUCUCUAUCAACAUGGAUACAAGCUCUAUGUGUCAGUGGGCAGCCACUCCGGCAAAAUAGUCGUAAUCGACGCAAUCAGUGGCUUGAUGCAAGGGCUGAUUAAAGUGAAAUCAAGGGUCGAAGCCGCUGUAUACUGUACCAGUGAGGCUCCUUUAACCGCUCCUUGUGGUGUAGUCGGUACUUAUGAUGGUACUAUCGUAUGCUUCAUGCUAGAGAGUUGCAAGGAAUUGUGGAGAAUUAACAUCGGCUGUAUGAUUAAAAGCAAGGCCACGUGCUGUAGAGGCGAGCUGUAUAUCGCGUCCUAUGAUGGGAACGUACGAUGUAUUGAUGUUUUGAAUGGAAAAAUAAACGAAGUAGUGAAUAUAACUGAUCAAGCUAUAUCCGCGGAUCUAGUGCUUGCCAAAAAGGAAUUCGUUCUCCUCGGAACACUUUCAGGUGUAUGUGCAAGCAUACACACGGAAACAAAGACAAUAGUGUGGCGCGGAACGCUCAGUAGCCCAGUAUUUGCUACACCUGUCCUCUAUGAUAAUGACAAAUAUGUAGUUUUUGCUGAGGUGAACGGUGAAAUUCACUGCCGGACUGUCGAGAAAGGGAUUAAGAUAUGGAAAUAUCAAGGGGCCAAAGGAAAUAUUUUCUCUUCUAUUUGUGUCCGGGAAAUGGACAAACUUAAGUGGCAGAUGAUAUUUGGAUGUCACGACAACAAAGUUUACAACAUAAAUAUAAAGAACUUUCAACCAAGUCUAAAUUGGAAAGCUGAACUAACUUCACCUGUGUAUUCAACACCAUGCAGUUUGAGUGAUAAAUUAAUUUUAACAGCAUCAAACAAUGGAAUACUGUGUAUUUUAGAUGCAGAUUCAGGAAUGAUAGUAGCAGAGUAUCAUUUGCCAAAUGAAACAUUCUCUACUCCAGCUGUGUAUGGUGACUACAUAUACAUCGGCUGCAGAAAUGACCAUUUGUUUGCCAUAAAAUAUGUACUGAAUCUGUAAGAUGACUGGAAACUAAACUAGCUCAAAAUUGUAGUAAUAUAUUUAUUAUAAAUAUUAGUAAAUCUAUAAGACAAAAUGUUAAAAACUGUUUUAAUAAAAUGUUACAAAAAAUA